AUGACUUCGAGCAAUACGCCCAAGAAAGCCCCAGCCAAGCGGGGACGGCCUGCCGCAGGCUUUGACAAGAACCACGAGUUCCUACUGCACUGCCUUACUCAGUCAGGUGUCCGAAUUGACUACGCUGCCGUUGGCAAAUGCGAAGGUAUCUCGGAGAAACAGGCCCGACGCCGUUUCUAUUGGCUGAAGUCCCAAAUAAGUAGCCAUGGAAAUGCUACUCCUGGUGCAGGCACAGAGGCCGAGAAGCAGGGACAGAAGGAUAACCAGGAUGGAAAUGAUGUCAAGGAGGACGUCUAG